AUGUCGUCGAGAAAGUGAGUAUUCCAUCUUUAUCUGAAAAUUCACAGGGAAAUAUAAUUUUCUCGAUUUUUAAAAUAUUCUGAGCACGUGUUCGACAGAGGAUAGUCUCUUUGGACCAAUUCACAACUCUCCUUUUUGCUUUUCCCUUUUCAGUUUUCAGUAAAGCCAAAUUCAAUUUCACAAACAUGAAUCCGCCCGUUUUUUUCGUCAAAAAAUGAAAAAAGGAAAUGGAUAGAUGGAAUUCGAAAACCCAUAAAUUUGAAGGAAGAAAAAGAUAAAUUGGUUUUUCUCGUCCAGAGGAUAUCUUCUCUCGUUUCUCUCAAUUUGAUGUGAUUCACUAGAAUAAUGAGCUUUUUUUCAGAGUUUCGCGUGCGCACUACGACGAAGACGAACUGAUUUCAGCGGCAAACAUGAGUCUUGUCGCGGAAGGCCAUUUCAGGUACGGUUUAGAGGAACAAGAAGACAAUUUAAAGAAAUGGAUGGAUGAAAUUUGAGAUGAACUAGAAGAAUGAGAAUUAUGUUUGAAGUGGGUCUAAAACUCCAGAUGUCAUACAUUCCUUCCCAAUCCUUUUUGGGCGUCAUAUCCAACAUUGUCUUUGUAUUAGGGCAUACAUCAUCCAUUGGAAAAAAUGCUGACUAAUUUUUCGUAUUAUUUCGGCAUUCUUCUCCUUCUCACCCCCAGAAAACAAUUUCCAUAGAAACAAUAUCCUUAUAAACCAUCUUUACGAUUGGCGUUGCUAGUGGUGACCGACAAGGAUGCUCACUUUUUGUUUCUCAUUCCGGCUCUCUUGCCUCUGGUGUUUUCUACUGUGUGACUUCUCAAAUCCCCCUGGAGAAAACGUUGUCGGCGGCAGUUGAACGCAUUCAAAAACUUUUUCAUUUUCACUUUUCAUAGAACCGUGAAAUCUAGCCGAUCGCUUCCUAGCAACUGACGUCAUUAAUCCGGCCAGUGUCACCAAAACCCUCCACAUUUGUCGUCAGCUCGCCCCGUAUGAAGGUUUCUGACUUUGUCAUGGUUCUACAAUAUUGGAGCGAAAAGACGGCUCACAUUUUCUCGUCUUUUCUCUUUUCACUCGACACCUCACGUCUAUAAUUUUGCGGAGGAACAUGUAAUUUAGUCAUCUUGCUCCCCACACAACCUUCCUCCUUCUCCCAUCUUUUGUGAGCUGACUAGUGGAACAGAAACCUUUCACAGUCAAUUCAUGCUCUUUAAAACUAGAGAGUAGAGAACAAUUUGGCCAAUUUUAGUUCUUAUUCUCCUAAAAAUUGCAUAGUCGGACUUUAGCCAAUUUCUCUCCAUAUUAUCAUGCGAUUCUCAUUCGAAAUGCCUGCCAGUCUCUUCUUUUUUGUGUAUGAGAAGGCAGGACAAUCGUGUACUGGCUCUCUAGAAUAUGCAAUAAAUGCACAUAAAAGCUGAGGUUCUCCCCUUCUCCCAAACGAUGCCAUUCUGGUCUGCCCUGGGCUCUCUAUUUGGCUCAGGGCGCGAGAUUCAUGAGCUCUUUUGACAAAGUCUUCCAUUCCACUGUUUUCCUUUUCAGGGGUAUGAAGGAGUUACUGUCCACCAUGGAUCUCGACACCGAUGCGAACACUAUUCCGGAGCUCAAGGAACGUGCUCACAUGCUCUGUGCCAGAUUCCUUGGCGGAGCUUGGAAGACUGUUCCAUUAGAGCAUUUGAGAAUCAGUCGCAUCAAGUGAGUAUCCAUCUGUGUUUAGUGUCAAUGCUUCUUCUAGGGGUGGAAUGAGCAACAUGCUCUUUUUGUGCCGUCUCUCGGAAGUCUACCCGCCAAUCCGCAACGAGCCGAACAAGGUACUGCUCCGUGUGUACUUCAACCCGGAAACGGAGAGUCACCUCGUCGCCGAAUCCGUUAUUUUCACUCUUCUGUCGGAGCGUCAUUUGGGACCGAAGCUUUAUGGCAUCUUCAGCGGCGGACGUUUGGAAGAGUACAUCCCGGUAUGUGUUGGACAUGCGCGGCGCCAUUAAACGCGCCAGAACAGAGUGAAUAAUUCGGUUUCUCUUUCUUCUUCUUUUUUUGCAGUCGCGUCCUUUGUCUUGCCAUGAGAUUUCGUUGCCGCACAUGUCCGCGAAAAUUGCUAAACGCGUCGCCAAAGUCCAUCAACUGGAAGUGCCAAUUUGGAAGGAGCCCGAUUAUCUGUGCGAGGCACUGCAAAGGUUUUGACAAAAAUGAUUCUGAACAAUACGAACUCAUUAUUCACACAGAUGGCUGAAGCAGCUAACUCUGACCGUUGCGGCCGAGCAUCGAUUCGAUCUCCCCGAAGAAGAGUGUGGGGUCGCCAGUGUCAACUGUCUCGAUUUGGCAAAGGAGUUGGAGUUUUUGAGAGCUCACAUCUCGCUGAGCAAGAGCCCGGUGACGUUCUGUCACAACGAUUUGCAGGAAGGAAACAUCCUUUUGCCGAAAGCCUCUUCGGGAAACAUCAGAAUGCCGUCGUUAUCCGAUGAGACACAAGCCCUCGGAAACAGCCUUUCGGCAUUCAAUCCUGCCGACCCACGCCUCGUUCUCAUCGAUUUCGAGUACGCGAGCUACAAUUAUAGGUGCAUUCUAACCCACCUAAUGCAUAGUCGAUUAUUAUUUUCCAGAGCAUUCGAUUUUGCCAAUCACUUUGUCGAGUGGUCAAUUGACUACGACAUCGACGAGGCUCCGUUUUACAAAAUCCAAACUGAACAUUUUCCGGAGCAUGACAUGGUUUUGUGUUAUCAGAAAUUUUCUAAUAAUCUAUGUAUCGGUUUCAGAUGCUCGAGUUCUUUGUGAAUUAUCUUCGUGAACAGGGACACACACGCGAGAACGAGUUGUACAAAAAGUCGGAGGAAUUAGUCCAAGAGACUCUUCCGUUCGUUCCGGUUUCUCACUUCUUCUGGGGUGUCUGGGGAUUGUUGCAAGUGGAGCUCUCGCCUGUCGGAUUUGGAUUUGCUGUGAGCCAGUGAAUCUGUGAAUUGAAUGAUACAUGGUAAUUUUCAGGAAUACGGUAGAGAUCGUCUCUCGCUCUACUUCAAACACAAGCAACUUCUCAAGAACCUCGCCCUCCAGCAUUAA